AUUUGAGUGUAAGAAUUUUAAAAAUCGGAAAAGGAUUUCAGUCGGCCAAUGACAGAACUUUCUCGACUGCUGACUUAAUCUAUUUUUCCGUGAAUCUUACAUUAAUUCUUUGCUGUCUGGGGCUUGUUCCUUCAAGAAGGAUUCUUUUGGUCAUUCGGGAAAUCCGAUAUGAAGUCUUGAUUUCCAAAGAAAAGACUCCGACUCGGAAAUGGGCGCAGCGGUGGAGGAUAGUCUUGUCCCGGACAGGAUCUAUGUGCACCAGCUAAACCUCACUUCCGCCGAUGUCCGACGCAGACAGAGGGAGAAACAAAUGGUUGAAGAAGAGAAAAGAAAAGUUUUAGAAAUGAAGGAAAUCAAGAGAAGGCAGAAAGAAGAAGAGAAAAGGAGGGACAUGGAAAUGCUAUUGUCUUACGAUCCAUGGGGUAAACCUGGAGCUGGUGCAAAAGGGGGCGAUUCCAAGCGCAAGAAAUAUCCAGAAGGCAGACUUCCAGAUGAGACGUUGCCAGAAGAAGAGACCAUGGAAGGAUUUAUCCGGAAGUUCGGCAAACCGGGGGCUGGAGCUCCCAUGAGAACUGAAUCCGGCCGCAUCCGUACUCAGAUACCAGGACAUCCGGACAUCCGUUUCCAGGACACACAACACGUGAGACUCAGUAUUGAGAAUCAACUACGGUAUAAAAACGAAGACAAGGAGAAUUACCGUGGCAAUCUAAAUGAAUUGAUUCAGCAAAAACAACAACUUCAAGAGCAAGAAAAAGAAUGGGAAUCCAAAAAGCUGGAAGAAAUGAGGGAGCUAUAUCCUUUCGGGAGAGAAGACAAUAACAAUGGUGGGUCAUAUCUAUCUCAUACAGACCCAAUGUUCAUGCCUACUCGUCCAAGGAAACUGGAAAGGAAAAUGGAUGAUUUCGACCCGUGGGGUAAGGGGUUCGGCAAUCCCUCCCGGGAUCGAAGGGGAAAUGUUCAGCGCCACAAGUUCGCCCCCUCCGCUGAAGAAGGUAUCGUACCGGAACCCGAGGAGACUAGAGAAUACUCUUUAGGCCUGAGACGGAACAGGGGUGGAGACGGCGCCCCGCAUCUGACUGAAAGCGGACAUGCAAGAACACGUUUGAGAAACACUUUGAGGAAUAUCAAAAUGAUGGGUCCACACAUAGACGAAUCUUCAGAUGUCUAUUAUCCUUGGGGUAAACCUGGCGGCGGAGCUCCUUUCGUACGAGAAGAUGGCAAACCAUUUGAAGAAAAAUUGGGCUGGUCCUUAACAGGUCAUCCAAAGAAGCGCAGCAAAGAAGCUAAGAGAGAAUACAGAAGCGAACUCGAACAAGAAAUGGAAAUAAGAAAGCAACGGGAACAGCAAGAACGUUUACAAGAUCCGAUCAUUCGAAUUCGACCCCCUCAGAAGAUGUCCAAAGGAGCUUCGGGUGCAGAACUCGUGACUCUUAUUCGGCAAGGAGCCGGGGGUGGAGCACGAAAAAAUCCAGUGACAGGGGAACUUUUACCAUGCCAUCGACUAUUAACGGAUGUAACGAAAGAGAGACUGGACAUACGUCGGGCGAAGUCGCAAGAAACGCUUCUUUACCACAGCGAAUUAGCGGAGCAAGCUGAACAGCGACGGCAGAUGCGGGAGUUGCAGAGGCAAAUGGAAAGGGCUCAGUCAGAGAAGCAUGUGAGCACGUGGGACUCCUUUUGGGGCCGACCCGGACACGGGGCACCCAGAGAUCCGGAAAACCACAAAAAGGAAAACAUCGAGAGCCUCCUCAUGGGAACGAAAACGUCGGAGCCAUAUGUCAAACAUUAUGUGAGAGAAAUUGUACCGAGCAAGCAUAAGAACAGAUACGAAUACCCAACAAAGGAUGUGAUGGUCGUAAAGAGAGAUUACGAAUUUCGAACGCCGUUCCCUGCAACAGAAGCCUGA